ACUCCCUCCCUCUCGCGCUCGUGCUCUUUCUCUCCCGUGAGGGAAAGUUGGCAUGCCAUGUUUGACAAAUUAUGACCAGCAUCUUCUACACUGGAAAAGAAAACCAUUGUUCCUGGUUGCUGGCGCUACUGUUUCCUCUCUGCUUCUGGAGGAGGAUCUGAUUAUACAUUAAUACACAUAUGGGGAUGAUGGUUCUGCUGCAGUUUCUGUUGGUGGUAGCAUUGUCAUGGGCACCACCCUCAUGUUGGUGGGUCUGCAGAGUUGGUGGCAUAGGCGUUAACUGGGGGAGGGAAUCCUCUGACCCUUUGCCGUCGUCCCUGGUGGUGGGCAUGCUGAAGGCGAACAACAUCAGCAGGGUAAGGGUGUUUGAGGCGGAGGCGGAGGUGAUGGAGGCCCUUAGUGGCAACGGGCUGAAGGUGAUGGUGGGGAUUCCGAACUCCAUGCUGAAGCCCUUGAGCUUCUCAAAGUCUGCUGCUGAGAGUUGGGUCCAUGAUAAUGUCACCAGAUACUCCUCCAAGCCAGGAGGAGUCUUCAUUGAGUAUAUUGCAGUUGGAAACGAGCCAUUUCUCCAGAGCUAUGGAGAUCAAUUUCAGCCCUUUGUGUUUGGCGCAUUGAUCAAUAUCCAUGGAGCAUUGGUUAAAGCAAAUCUAGGUAGCAAUGUGAAGGUUGUGGUCCCCUCCAGUUUUGAUGUCUUAGUAUCUUCAUCAGGUCUUCCAUCAAAAGGUCAGUUCCGACAUGAUCUGAACCGGACCAUGCUUCAGGUUCUCACGUUCCUUGCAAAGAAUAACUUCCCCUUUGUUCUGAAUGUCAACCCUUUCAUGAACCUUUACAAGAACAAAAGCUAUUCUUCUGAUUUUGCGCUCUUUCAGCCAACAGCACAUUCUCUCAAGGAUGGUCAUAAUGCGUACAAAAACGCAUUUGAUGCUAGCUUGGAUACUCUGAUAGCAGCCUUGUCUGGGCUAGGAUUUGAUAAUAUGGACAUUAUAGUUGGACAGGUAGGCUGGCCGACUGAAGGAGCUAUUCACAAUGCUUCUCCUUCAAAUGCAAGUACCUUUAUAAAUGGAUUGAUUGAUCACUUGUCAAGUAUGAGUGGCACUCCGCUUCGUCCACAUAAAUCUCCUCUGGAGGUUUAUAUCUUUAGCUUGUUGGAUGAAGAUCAAAGACGCAUUGCUACUGGCAACUUUGAGAGACAUUGGGGAAUAUUCACAUUUGAUGGUCAGGCAAAAUAUCAGGCCAACAUAGGACAUGGUUCAAACGAACUUGUGAAUGCUCAGAAUGUCCAGUAUCUUCCUGCAAGAUGGUGUGUUGUAAAUGAUAACAAGGAACUAUCUAAUGUAUCAACCAAUGUUCAGUUUGCUUGCUCUGUUGCUGAUUGCACUGCCUUGUUCCCUGGAGGCUCUUGUUCUGAGAUUGGUUGGCCUUAUAAUGCUUCAUACGCCUUCAACAGCUACUAUCAGAUGCACAAUCAGGUGGCAGAGAGCUGUUACUUUGGGGGCUCUGGUAUGAUCACUGUCGUCAAUCCUUCACUUAAUGAUUGCAGGUUUACAGUGGGUCUAACUGAGUCUAUUGCUGAAACCUUGAAAGGGGUGAAAGAUAUAUGGUUGAGCUUCUUGACUGCAUGCAGCUUAUCUUACUUUUUGUCAUUUUAUGAGAUAAUCUAGAUAUUAUAUCACCACGAAGCAAGUUUUUAUCUUGAUGUAAUGAGUCGGCUUGUUGUAGCACUAUAUUAGCCUUUCCUAAAUGCAUUGAGGCAAUUUUGUGGCAUUGGAGUUGGAGGAGGCUGCUGAUUUUGUUUGUAGAGUUGCCUCCACAAAUGCGAAAUAUUAUAGUAGAGUUUCUUUUUCUUUUCCCUCGGGUUUCUUUGGUUUUCCUACUUUUUCUCUUGAUUGUACAUUUAGCUGGUUUGCUGUUUCAUUACCACAUGGUCAGAAAGUAGCAGGUUUUUUUCUUCUUUGUAAUCAUGGCACAUGAUCAUCUAUCUAAUCUCAAAACCUU